AUGGAAUGUAAUAAGGAUGAAGCUAGAAGAGCAAUUGAUAUUGCAUUGAGGAAACUUUCAGAGACCGAUUACAACGGAGCCAAGAAAUUCGUUAACAAGGCUCGAAAUUUGUAUCCGAAUCUUGAUGGUUUGGAACAAGUUUUGGUGAUGAUCGACGUUUAUAACUCUGCAUCAAACAAGAUCAUCGGAGGAGAAUCGGAUUGGUAUGGAGUCUUGGGCGUAGAUCCUUCGGCUGAUGAUGAAACAGUGAAGAAACGGUACAAGAAGUUAGCUCUGUUGCUUCAUCCGGACAAGAACCGGUUUAGUGGAGCGGAAGGCGCGUUUAAGCUGGUUUCAGAUGCUUGGUGUCUAUUAUCCGACAAGGCUAAGAGGUUUAGGUUUGAUCAGAAGAGAAAACUGAAAGAAGCUGAAGAGAGAAAGAGAGAAUCAAAGCGACAACACGAGGCAGCUUCUUGUAAUGUGAGUGGAAAUGCGAAACAAGAACAACAGUACCCGAGCGCCAAUCCUCAAGCAGCAACAAGCAGAAAAGGCGCCAGUGAUGCUUCUUCCUCAACUUUAGCAUCUGAUAGGGCAAAGGCGGCUGCUGCUGCUGCCGCCGCUGCUGCUGCUGCUGCUGCCGCCGCUGCUGCUGCUGCUGCUGCCGCCGCUGCUGCUGCUGCCGCUGCUGCCGCUGCUGCCGCUGCUGCUGCUGCCGCUGCUGCUGCUGCCGCUGCUGCUGCUGCUGUUGCUGCUAGACGAAAAGCAACUGAAGAGAGAAAGAGAGAAUCAAACCAACAACGCGAGGCAGCUUCUUGUAAUGUGAAUGGAAAUGCGAAACAAGAUCAACAGUCGAGCGCCAAUCCUCAAGCAGCAGCAAGCAGAAAAGGCGCCAGUGAUGGUUCUUCUUCAACUUCAGCAUCUGAUAGCGCAAAGGCUGCUAGACGAAAAGCAAAGGAAGCAGAGAUGUCUUUCAAAAAACCAAACUAUACUUUUGAAGAUCCAAACUCUACCCUUGAAGCACAGAGGCUUUUCAAGAGACCAGUGAACUCUACUCUUGAAGCUCAGAGGCUUUUCAAGCGACCCAUGACAACAGAAGAUCCAAACUCUACUCUUGAAGCUCAGAAGAUUUUCAAGAGACCCAUGACAACAGAAGAUCCAAACUCUACUCUUGAAGCUCAGAGGCUUUUCAAGAGACCCAUGACAACAGGAGGAAACGCAAACUUUGCUGGAGAUCCUAACUCUACUUUUGAAGCAGCCAGGUUGUUCAAGAGGCCGGUGAUGUGA